AUGGCGGUCGUUCCGCUGUUUUCGACGAGCGCGCGUCUCAUUCCUUCAUCCUCGCACCCAGCACCUGCCCGCUACCUCUCACCCGCUCCCAACAACUCUCUCCGUCACCAUCUUGCUGUCCCUAUCUGCCUCUCGCCCACAAGCAAGAACAUUCUCUUGCAAGCGAGGGCGGGGGGUCCGGGGAGAGAUCUGCGGAGAGAUGGGGGGAGCGGAGGGGUGCAGGGAACGGGAGGGGCGCGCGGGGAGGACGAGGGGGGCGGACCGAGAGGGGUGGGCGCGGGGACAUGGGACAGGGUUCAGGGUUUAGCCGUUAUGGAGCGGAUCGAGAAGGUUUCCAGGCGAAAGCACACGGAGCUCGCGAUAGAUCCCGCGCUGGUUACCAGCAUUGGUGAAGAGGCGGACGGGGGGGAGGAGGGGGGAACAGGUGGGUGGAACGAGGGGGUAAAGGAGGGAUCUGGGGAAGCGCGAGAAGGGGGAGGAGAAAUGAGGCAGGGGGAAGGCGGAGGUGACUAUAGACGGCGUGAUGGUAGGGAGAUUGGGGGAAGGGGCGGAGGGGGAAGCGGAAGGGCGCUGGCGGGUGGGAGAGGGGGAAGGGACGCGCAGAGAGGGGGCGGUGAUGCGGAUGAGUGGAUUGAGGACGGGGGGGACUGGCGGGUGACGGAGCGGGAGAAUGACGACUGGGAGGACGACAGGGGCGCGAGGGGGGGCGGGGAAAGGGCAAGGGGGGGCGGAGGGGGCGCGAGGGGGAGUGGGAGUGGCGGAUGGGGAAGAGGAGGGCGCAAUGGCGGAGAAAAGAUGGGGGUUUACGAGCAGUGGAGCAAGGGGAUGAGCAAGCGCAGGGCAAAGGUUGUGGGGGGGCGGGGGGAGGGAGAGGGGGGCAUGGGGGAAGGAGGGGAGGAGGGGAAGGCGGGGAGAGAGGGGAAGGAAGGGAAAGAGGGGAGGGUAGUGUACGAGGGGAGGGAGGGCUCGGGGGAAGAAGAAGGGAAUUCUGACGAGGAGGGGGGACGACGGUGGUGGCAGCGGGGGGAUAAGUAUGUUCGGGGGGAGAGGAAUUUGAGGGAGGGGGGGGAUGUGGUGGCGGAGGGGAAUGUGAAGGGGGAGAGGGAUGCGCGGGGGGGGAGGAGUGAGGGUAGGGGGGGCAACGAGGAGGAGAGGAUGUAUAAGGGGAGGGAUUAUAAGGAGGGGGAUUAUGGGAGGAGGGAGUUCAGUGAGAGAUUGCAAGAGGAGAGGGGCUAUGAUAGGAGAAGCGGGUACAGCGGCAGAGGGAGGUACGAGGGGGAGGGGCGCAUGGAAAGGGAUGUAGGCAUGGGCGGAAGGGGAGGCAGGUGGGGGGAAAGGAGAGAUGGGGAGGAGAGGGUCGGUUAUGACGGUAGGAGCAAGUAUGUGAGGGAAGGAGGCGAGCCAAGAGGCAUGGGCGCUGGCAGAAGGGAGGGUAUGGGUGGGGGAAGGGGAGCGGAGGGAGGUAGAGGGGCAAGAUGGGAGAAGGAAGGCGGUAUGAGCGCGAGAGGCACUCGAAAUUAUGCUAAAUGGGAGGCGGAAGGAGGGGAGGGUGAGGAGGAGGGCGAGGAGGAGGGUGGUGGUGAGGAGGGGAGGCAAAGGAGCGGAGGGAGUCGCCGUAUUGGUGGAAGGGGCACAUCACUAGUAGCAUCAGCAUCAGCAUCAGCAUCAGCAUCAGCAUCUUCAGAAUCAGCAGUAUCAACUGUACCUGCUGCUGCUCUUGAAGAGCCCACUUUGGACUGCAAGCACUUUACAAACUGCUCCGGUUGCACUUUGAAUGCUGCCUUAGACCGCCCUCCCAUCAUCAAGGAAGCAGAGGCGUUCUUUGAGGCACGCGGGGUGGCGGGCUUUAAGCUGCACACCGCUGAUGUGAGGCGCAAGGAGAGAGAGGGGUUUGGGCAGAGGCGCAAGGAGAGAGAGGGGUUUGGGCAGAGGCGCAAGGAGAGAGAGGGGUUUGGGCAGAGGCGCAAGGAGAGAGAGGGGUUUGGGCUGUGUACUGUGUAUGUAUGUUCUGCCCUUGACCGCCCUCCCAAAAUCGAACAGGCAGAAGCGUUCUUUGAAACAGGCGGGGUGGCGGGCUUUAAGUUGCACUCUGCCGAUGUGGUGGAGUGGCGAUGUCGUGCUAAACUAGCAGUGAGGGGCACAGCAGGGGAGCCGCUGGUGGGGCUGUAUGCAGCACGGUCGCAUGAUGUGGUGGAUAUACCCAUGUGCAGAGCCCACCAUCCGCGCCUGAAUGCUGCUGCAGCCCUUGUGCGAUCAGUAAUAAAGGACCUGGGCGUAGAGCCUUAUAACGAGGAAACAGGCCAGGGGAUGCUCAGAUACAUUCAGCUUGCUCUCACCACCAACGACACCUCCAUCCCUUCUUCUGAGCGAUACCUGAAAGGCAAGGUGCAGGUGACGCUGGUGUGGAACGCGAGCAACGAAAAGUCACCCACUGCUGAGAAGAUUCCAGCCCUGUGCAAGGAGCUGUGGCUGCGGGGAGGCAAAGAGGAUCGGGUGCUGCACUCUGUGUGGGUCAACUUCCAAACAUCGUCCAGCAAUGUGAUAUUUGGUGGCAGGUGGCGGCACAUGAUUGGCCCAACGGACACGUGGGAGCGGUUGGGGGGCGUGGAUGUGUGCUUCACUCCAGGGAGCUUUGGGCAGGCCAACUACAAGGCGUUUGACCUGAUGCUGAAGCAUCUGCACUCGCUCAUCCCUCGCCGUUCAUCUGUGGUGGAGCUUUACGCUGGCGCAGGGGCCAUAGGGCUGUCUCUUGCUGCUACCACACAGUGCAGUGUACGCUGCUACGAGAUCAAUGAGACAGCACGGGCGCCCUUCACGCGCUCACUGGAGCGACUGCAGCCGCUGCUGCGCCACCCUGCUUCCAUAUCCUGGCACCAGGCAGACGCAGAGGCGCCUGUUGAGAGUCUGAAACCGCCGCUGCUGCGCCACCCCACUGCCGUGUCGUGGCACCAGGCAGAUGCAGAGGCACCCGUUGAAUUGCAGUCUCGGCUGCAACCGCUGCUGCAUCACCCGGCUGCCAUGUCAUGGCACCAGGCAGACGCAGAGGCACCCGUUGAGGUGAGCACUGCUGGUGAGGCAGACGCAGAGGCACCCGUUGAGGUGAGCACUGCUGGUGAGUGCGUGUGGGUCUGGGUGCGUGUGGGUCUGGGUGCGUGUGGGUCUGGGUGCGUGUGGGUCUGGGUGCGUGUGGGUCUGGGUGCGUGUGGGUCUGGGUGCGUGUGGGUCUGGGUGCGUGUGGGUCUGGGUGCGUGUGGGUCUGGGUGCGUGUGGGUCUGGGUGCGUGUGGGUCUGGGUGCGUGUGGGUCUGGGUGCGUGUGGGUCUGGGUGCGUGUGGGUCUGGGUGCGUGUGGGUCUGGGUGCGUGUGGGUCUGGGUGCGUGUGGGUCUGGGUGCGUGUGGGUCUGGGUGCGUGUGGGUCUGGGUGCGUGUGGGUCUGGGUGCGUGUGGGUCUGGGUGCGUGUGGGUCUGGGUGCGUGUGGGUCUGGGUGCGUGUGGGUCUGGGUGCGUGUGGGUCUGGGUGCGUGUGGGUCUGGGUGCGUGUGGGUCUGGGUGCGUGUGGGUCUGGGUGCGUGUGGGUCUGGGUGCGUGUGGGUCUGGGUGCGUGUGGGUCUGGGUGCGUGUGGGUCUGGGUGCGUGUGGGUCUGGGUGCGUGUGGGUCUGGGUGCGUGUGGGUCUGGGUGCGUGUGGGUCUGGGUGCGUGUGGGUCUGGGUGCGUGUGGGUCUGGGUGCGUGUGGGUCUGGGUGCGUGUGGGUCUGGGUGCGUGUGGGUCUGGGUGCGUGUGGGUCUGGGUGCGUGUGGGUCUGGGUGCGUGUGGGUCUGGGUGCGUGUGGGUCUGGGUGCGUGUGGGUCUGGGUGCGUGUGGGUCUGGGUGCGUGUGGGUCUGGGUGCGUGUGGGUCUGGGUGCGUGUGGGUCUGGGUGCGUGUGGGUCUGGGUGCGUGUGGGUCUGGGUGCGUGUGGGUCUGGGUGCGUGUGGGUCUGGGUGCGUGUGGGUCUGGGUGCGUGUGGGUCUGGGUGCGUGUGGGUCUGGGUGCGUGUGGGUCUGGGUGCGUGUGGGUCUGGGUGCGUGUGGGUCUGGGUGCGUGUGGGUCUGGGUGCGUGUGGGUCUGGGUGCGUGUGGGUCUGGGUGCGUGUGGGUCUGGGUGCGUGUGGGUCUGGGUGCGUGUGGGUCUGGGUGCGUGUGGGUCUGGGUGCGUGUGGGUCUGGGUGCGUGUGGGUCUGGGUGCGUGUGGGUCUGGGUGCGUGUGGGUCUGGGUGCGUGUGGGUCUGGGUGCGUGUGGGUCUGGGUGCGUGUGGGUCUGGGUGCGUGUGGGUCUGGGUGCGUGUGGGUCUGGGUGCGUGUGGGUCUGGGUGCGUGUGGGUCUGGGUGCGUGUGGGUCUGGGUGCGUGUGGGUCUGGGUGCGUGUGGGUCUGGGUGCGUGUGGGUCUGGGUGCGUGUGGGUCUGGGUGCGUGUGGGUCUGGGUGCGUGUGGGUCUGGGUGCGUGUGGGUCUGGGUGCGUGUGGGUCUGGGUGCGUGUGGGUCUGGGUGCGUGUGGGUCUGGGUGCGUGUGGGUCUGGGUGCGUGUGGGUCUGGGUGCGUGUGGGUCUGGGUGCGUGUGGGUCUGGGUGCGUGUGGGUCUGGGUGCGUGUGGGUCUGGGUGCGUGUGGGUCUGGGUGCGUGUGGGUCUGGGUGCGUGUGGGUCUGGGUGCGUGUGGGUCUGGGUGCGUGUGGGUCUGGGUGCGUGUGGGUCUGGGUGCGUGUGGGUCUGGGUGCGUGUGGGUCUGGGUGCGUGUGGGUCUGGGUGCGUGUGGGUCUGGGUGCGUGUGGGUCUGGGUGCGUGUGGGUCUGGGUGCGUGUGGGUCUGGGUGCGUGUGGGUCUGGGUGCGUGUGGGUCUGGGUGCGUGUGGGUCUGGGUGCGUGUGGGUCUGGGUGCGUGUGGGUCUGGGUGCGUGUGGGUCUGGGUGCGUGUGGGUCUGGGUGCGUGUGGGUCUGGGUGCGUGUGGGUCUGGGUGCGUGUGGGUCUGGGUGCGUGUGGGUCUGGGUGCGUGUGGGUCUGGGUGCGUGUGGGUCUGGGUGCGUGUGGGUCUGGGUGCGUGUGGGUCUGGGUGCGUGUGGGUCUGGGUGCGUGUGGGUCUGGGUGCGUGUGGGUCUGGGUGCGUGUGGGUCUGGGUGCGUGUGGGUCUGGGUGCGUGUGGGUCUGGGUGCGUGUGGGUCUGGGUGCGUGUGGGUCUGGGUGCGUGUGGGUCUGGGUGCGUGUGGGUCUGGGUGCGUGUGGGUCUGGGUGCGUGUGGGUCUGGGUGCGUGUGGGUCUGGGUGCGUGUGGGUCUGGGUGCGUGUGGGUCUGGGUGCGUGUGGGUCUGGGUGCGUGUGGGUCUGGGUGCGUGUGGGUCUGGGUGCGUGUGGGUCUGGGUGCGUGUGGGUCUGGGUGCGUGUGGGUCUGGGUGCGUGUGGGUCUGGGUGCGUGUGGGUCUGGGUGCGUGUGGGUCUGGGUGCGUGUGGGUCUGGGUGCGUGUGGGUCUGGGUGCGUGUGGGUCUGGGUGCGUGUGGGUCUGGGUGCGUGUGGGUCUGGGUGCGUGUGGGUCUGGGUGCGUGUGGGUCUGGGUGCGUGUGGGUCUGGGUGCGUGUGGGUCUGGGUGCGUGUGGGUCUGGGUGCGUGUGGGUCUGGGUGCGUGUGGGUCUGGGUGCGUGUGGGUCUGGGUGCGUGUGGGUCUGGGUGCGUGUGGGUCUGGGUGCGUGUGGGUCUGGGUGCGUGUGGGUCUGGGUGCGUGUGGGUCUGGGUGCGUGUGGGUCUGGGUGCGUGUGGGUCUGGGUGCGUGUGGGUCUGGGUGCGUGUGGGUCUGGGUGCGUGUGGGUCUGGGUGCGUGUGGGUCUGGGUGCGUGUGGGUCUGGGUGCGUGUGGGUCUGGGUGCGUGUGGGUCUGGGUGCGUGUGGGUCUGGGUGCGUGUGGGUCUGGGUGCGUGUGGGUCUGGGUGCGUGUGGGUCUGGGUGCGUGUGGGUCUGGGUGCGUGUGGGUCUGGGUGCGUGUGGGUCUGGGUGCGUGUGGGUCUGGGUGCGUGUGGGUCUGGGUGCGUGUGGGUCUGGGUGCGUGUGGGUCUGGGUGCGUGUGGGUCUGGGUGCGUGUGGGUCUGGGUGCGUGUGGGUCUGGGUGCGUGUGGGUCUGGGUGCGUGUGGGUCUGGGUGCGUGUGGGUCUGGGUGCGUGUGGGUCUGGGUGCGUGUGGGUCUGGGUGCGUGUGGGUCUGGGUGCGUGUGGGUCUGGGUGCGUGUGGGUCUGGGUGCGUGUGGGUCUGGGUGCGUGUGGGUCUGGGUGCGUGUGGGUCUGGGUGCGUGUGGGUCUGGGUGCGUGUGGGUCUGGGUGCGUGUGGGUCUGGGUGCGUGUGGGUCUGGGUGCGUGUGGGUCUGGGUGCGUGUGGGUCUGGGUGCGUGUGGGUCUGGGUGCGUGUGGGUCUGGGUGCGUGUGGGUCUGGGUGCGUGUGGGUCUGGGUGCGUGUGGGUCUGGGUGCGUGUGGGUCUGGGUGCGUGUGGGUCUGGGUGCGUGUGGGUCUGGGUGCGUGUGGGUCUGGGUGCGUGUGGGUCUGGGUGCGUGUGGGUCUGGGUGCGUGUGGGUCUGGGUGCGUGUGGGUCUGGGUGCGUGUGGGUCUGGGUGCGUGUGGGUCUGGGUGCGUGUGGGUCUGGGUGCGUGUGGGUCUGGGUGCGUGUGGGUCUGGGUGCGUGUGGGUCUGGGUGCGUGUGGGUCUGGGUGCGUGUGGGUCUGGGUGCGUGUGGGUCUGGGUGCGUGUGGGUCUGGGUGCGUGUGGGUCUGGGUGCGUGUGGGUCUGGGUGCGUGUGGGUCUGGGUGCGUGUGGGUCUGGGUGCGUGUGGGUCUGGGUGCGUGUGGGUCUGGGUGCGUGUGGGUCUGGGUGCGUGUGGGUCUGGGUGCGUGUGGGUCUGGGUGCGUGUGGGUCUGGGUGCGUGUGGGUCUGGGUGCGUGUGGGUCUGGGUGCGUGUGGGUCUGGGUGCGUGUGGGUCUGGGUGCGUGUGGGUCUGGGUGCGUGUGGGUCUGGGUGCGUGUGGGUCUGGGUGCGUGUGGGUCUGGGUGCGUGUGGGUCUGGGUGCGUGUGGGUCUGGGUGCGUGUGGGUCUGGGUGCGUGUGGGUCUGGGUGCGUGUGGGUCUGGGUGCGUGUGGGUCUGGGUGCGUGUGGGUCUGGGUGCGUGUGGGUCUGGGUGCGUGUGGGUCUGGGUGCGUGUGGGUCUGGGUGCGUGUGGGUCUGGGUGCGUGUGGGUCUGGGUGCGUGUGGGUCUGGGUGCGUGUGGGUCUGGGUGCGUGUGGGUCUGGGUGCGUGUGGGUCUGGGUGCGUGUGGGUCUGGGUGCGUGUGGGUCUGGGUGCGUGUGGGUCUGGGUGCGUGUGGGUCUGGGUGCGUGUGGGUCUGGGUGCGUGUGGGUCUGGGUGCGUGUGGGUCUGGGUGCGUGUGGGUCUGGGUGCGUGUGGGUCUGGGUGCGUGUGGGUCUGGGUGCGUGUGGGUCUGGGUGCGUGUGGGUCUGGGUGCGUGUGGGUCUGGGUGCGUGUGGGUCUGGGUGCGUGUGGGUCUGGGUGCGUGUGGGUCUGGGUGCGUGUGGGUCUGGGUGCGUGUGGGUCUGGGUGCGUGUGGGUCUGGGUGCGUGUGGGUCUGGGUGCGUGUGGGUCUGGGUGCGUGUGGGUCUGGGUGCGUGUGGGUCUGGGUGCGUGUGGGUCUGGGUGCGUGUGGGUCUGGGUGCGUGUGGGUCUGGGUGCGUGUGGGUCUGGGUGCGUGUGGGUCUGGGUGCGUGUGGGUCUGGGUGCGUGUGGGUCUGGGUGCGUGUGGGUCUGGGUGCGUGUGGGUCUGGGUGCGUGUGGGUCUGGGUGCGUGUGGGUCUGGGUGCGUGUGGGUCUGGGUGCGUGUGGGUCUGGGUGCGUGUGGGUCUGGGUGCGUGUGGGUCUGGGUGCGUGUGGGUCUGGGUGCGUGUGGGUCUGGGUGCGUGUGGGUCUGGGUGCGUGUGGGUCUGGGUGCGUGUGGGUCUGGGUGCGUGUGGGUCUGGGUGCGUGUGGGUCUGGGUGCGUGUGGGUCUGGGUGCGUGUGGGUCUGGGUGCGUGUGGGUCUGGGUGCGUGUGGGUCUGGGUGCGUGUGGGUCUGGGUGCGUGUGGGUCUGGGUGCGUGUGGGUCUGGGUGCGUGUGGGUCUGGGUGCGUGUGGGUCUGGGUGCGUGUGGGUCUGGGUGCGUGUGGGUCUGGGUGCGUGUGGGUCUGGGUGCGUGUGGGUCUGGGUGCGUGUGGGUCUGGGUGCGUGUGGGUCUGGGUGCGUGUGGGUCUGGGUGCGUGUGGGUCUGGGUGCGUGUGGGUCUGGGUGCGUGUGGGUCUGGGUGCGUGUGGGUCUGGGUGCGUGUGGGUCUGGGUGCGUGUGGGUCUGGGUGCGUGUGGGUCUGGGUGCGUGUGGGUCUGGGUGCGUGUGGGUCUGGGUGCGUGUGGGUCUGGGUGCGUGUGGGUCUGGGUGCGUGUGGGUCUGGGUGCGUGUGGGUCUGGGUGCGUGUGGGUCUGGGUGCGUGUGGGUCUGGGUGCGUGUGGGUCUGGGUGCGUGUGGGUCUGGGUGCGUGUGGGUCUGGGUGCGUGUGGGUCUGGGUGCGUGUGGGUCUGGGUGCGUGUGGGUCUGGGUGCGUGUGGGUCUGGGUGCGUGUGGGUCUGGGUGCGUGUGGGUCUGGGUGCGUGUGGGUCUGGGUGCGUGUGGGUCUGGGUGCGUGUGGGUCUGGGUGCGUGUGGGUCUGGGUGCGUGUGGGUCUGGCAGCAGGCAGAUAGUCAGUCCCGCAGCGCCGCCCGCAGUGAGAAGACCAAGGGUGGCAGCAGCAGUGGUGGGACGAGAGUGGGUGACGGCUUAACUCUUGUGUAUAUCAGCUGUGGAUGGGACGCCUUUCAGAGGGACUGUGACAAGCUGACUCAGGACGGCCUCUUCCAUCUCUCCCACGCCUCUGCAUUCAACUUCUUUCCUGGCACCAACAGCAUCGAGACUCUUGCUGUCUUCACAACGGCCAGGCCACGCACUUUGUAG